CAAGUCCGGGAGCUGUUUGGCUUGGCGGGAUGGUUGUCCCGAAAGCGCUGGGGCAGUGUGCCUUUGGCAUUUGCUUGGUGUGUUCACUUUUUCCGGCAUGGCUGGUCGCUGUUGUGGCAAAGCUGAUUAGCUUCUGCUUGCCGGGUGACAGGCGGGCUGCCUUUGAGCGAAUCUUGGGACGACUGCUCAUCGUCCUGGUGGUGCUGUGCUGGAGACUGCUGUUUCUGCUCUGCGCCUGGGUGCGCAUUGAUGUCUUCCAGCAAGAGGGAGACGGGCCCUUCCUGGGCGAGCCCGGGAAGCCGGCCGUCCUGGUGAUGAACCACACCUCGUUCUUAGAUGCUGUGCUUGCGCCUUCUCUGGCACCUCUUUGUCGGAGUCCUGACGUACGCGUCCUGGUAGCCAAUUAUGUCUUCGACAUUCCCUUGCUGAGUUCGGUGAUGCGUGGCAUCGGGCUCCCAGAGGUGCCCUUCAAAGGCUCCGCAGGUGACUUCGGGAACAUGGCCGUGGAGAAGGAGUUGAUGGACGUGAGGUUGCAGGCCUUCUGCGACCACGUCAAGAGCGGUGGCGUGGGCGCUUGGUUUCCGGAGGGCUUGCGGAAUCGCGGCAACCCCGAGGUGCUGCAGGAAUUCCGCGCAGGGGCGUUUGCAGUACCCGCGCAAGCAGAUGUGGAAAUCUGGUGCUGCGCCGCUGUGGGGUGCAAUGUUAGCUGGCCGCUGAAAGCACUGAUGGGAGGAUGUCCAGCCAGAAUUGGCCUCAAGGUUUUCCGGCUCACAGACAGCAGCCACGCCUGGCUCGCGUCACAGAAUUUGAACUCUGCCGACGAGCGGACCAAGGCUGUGCGACUGGCUGGCUUGGCCAAAGAUGCGAUGCAGGAGGCCAUCCACGAACUGGUGGCCAAAGGUUUCUCUGCAAAAGGAGCUGCGAGCUCGGCUAGCGUUGCAUGCGAAGCGUGCGACGCGGUGCUGCACAGGUCAAACAGAAUUGACGUCCAAGGCAGGGCUGGGCUUCUGUCCUCGUGUCGAUUGGGAUAUAUCAUAUCCCUUCGGCAACUUGUCUCCAGUGUGGGCUUGAGAGGACUUUCCGCGCCGACGCUGGCUUGAGGGCUGGCCGCAUGUAAAAAUAGCACAGACCAACUGCCAUGACACGAGCUCUCGUGCGGCAUGUCUGCUGCGCUUCGCUUCGAGCCGAGCUCGAGCGACGGAUGGCAGCCCCUUGCGAGCUAGAAUCUGCAUGGCAUCCGCGCAGCGCCUCGCAAGGAUGCUAAGAGC